AUGAAUGAAGGAGGUCUCGGCCUCCGAAAUCUUAAAGUCUGGAACCUCACGCUUUGUCUCCGCCUCAUUUGGGUUCUGUUUUGCAAUCAUAAAUCACUUUGGGGAUGCUGGAUCAAGGAAAACAGGAUCAAAAACAGAAUAUUUUGGGAGCAGGAACAAAAAGGCCACUCAUCAUGGACUUGGAAAGCUUUGCUUUCUCUGCGUAAUGCUGCCUCUGCUUUUUUAAUGUCGAGAGUGGGUAACGGAAAUCAAACAAGUUUCUGGCAUGACGUGUGGACUCCUUUCGGUCCUCUCAUUCGUCACUUUGGUCCCCAAGGGCCUCGAGAGCUGGGAAUCCCUACGGACGCCAGAAUCUGCUCAGUGGUUAAUGAGAAUGGAUGGAAGCUUCCAUCAGCCCGUUCUGACGAAGCGGAGGCCUUGCAAAUUCACCUUGCCUCUGUUAGUCUCCCAUGUGCUUCUGCUCAUGAUGAUGAAUUUUUGUGGCGAGUUGAUAAUGUAGAACUAGAUGCUUUUUCCACAAAGCUCACGUGGGAGUCAUUGAGACCAAGAGCCCCUAUCCAACUUUGGACAAGUAAUGUUUGGUGUGAAGUUAGCCAGCAUCUAUGGGCCAUGAUCAUCAGAAGGCUAGGGUACAGAACUCUCUCCUUUCACUCUUGGAAUGCUUUUUCUGAUUGGUUGGGAUCAAAGGAUUCAAUAUGUCCAACAACUCUAAGAAGACUUGUUGCUCAAGCAGUUAUCUACUCUUUGUGGCAUGAGAGGAACAAUAGGCUGCAUAACAACAUCUCCUCCUCUUCAGAAGUCAUCUUUAAACUACUUGAUCGCAGAAUCAGAGACGCCAUUCUCGCUCGUAGGAACCGUAAGAAGUUCAAAAACCUUAUUGCUAAAUGGUUAACUUUUGCCUAA